AAUUACAAGUCUCAUAAUAUGACAUGGCCGGAUAAGAGUGAGUUGGAUAUAUCCAGUUAGUCUCACUCUCUCACCCUGAAUUACAAGUCUGAAUCCUAAGAGUUUAUAUUAAUGGCGACCAGUGCUCCUCAGAGACCUCCGAUCAUGAUCCCCAAUUCAAAAUACAAGUUGUGUUCGGGUCAGUGUAGUUCAAAACAGCAUUGUCUUCCCACAUUAGGAGCCCCUCAGGAGAAGAGUAUGAUGGUGAAGAGAAGAGAGUUGAUGUUGGGUUUGAGUAUGGUUCCAGCCAUUGCAAUCGAGGCGCUGCCUUCAGAAGCCAGGGAGGUCGUUGUGGGCUCCUAUCUCCCACCCUCAACUUCCGACCCUUCAUUCGUUCUCUUCCAAGCCUCUGCUAAAGACACUCCCGCUCUUCGCGCAGGAAACGUGCAGCCUUACCAGUUCAUCCUUCCCCCGACAUGGAAACAGACACGUGUAGCAAACAUAUUAUCUGGUAAUUACUGCCAGCCAAAAUGUGCAGAGCCAUGGGUGGAGGUGAAAUUUGAAGAUGAAAAACAAGGAAAGCUUCAGGUUGUGGCUUCACCUUUGAUACGCCUGACCAAUAAGCCAAACGCAUCUAUUGAAGAUAUUGGCAACCCUGAGAAGCUGAUUGCUUCUCUUGGACCUUUUGUGACUGGGAACACCUAUGAUCCUGAUGAGCUCCUUGAGACCAAAGUUGAAAAACGAGGCGAUCUCACGUACUACAACUAUGUGCUGGAGACUCCAUUUGCACUGACGGGUUCCCACAAUCUUGCAAAGGCCACAGCUAAGGGAAACACUGUUGUCUUAUUUGUGGUUAGCGCAAAUGACAAGCAGUGGCAAUCAUCUCAGAAGAUUCUAAAAGCCAUGCUUGAUUCUUUUCAGGUGUAGUUAGUUCUUUUGCAUCAUUGCUGAAUGAGAGCUGAAGUUGGAUACCCUGAACAUUACUUCACGCGAUCGAGUUGAAAGUCUUGAUUUGCUAGUACGUCAUUGCUCAUGGCUCAUGGCUCUACUAAGGUUUAUAUUACAUCGAGGUCUUUUGUAAUAAAAUAGACGGUUAUUAUCAAAAGUUUUUUUUUAUUAUAGGAAUAUAGAAGUUGUUUUAUUUUUUAUAUUUUAUUUUUUUACAAAAAUGGUGGCCGACUCUGGGGCUGAGAGCAACAUGGGUAUGGUCCCUCCCCAAGGGAUGUUUCUCACAAGUUUGGGUUCGAAUCAGAGACCUCCUAUUACCGGGAGAAGCUCUGCAGCUUCCGCCCCACUUGCAGCCUAGCAUGCUUCCACUAGACCAAUCCCGUUGGGUAUAUAGAAAGCUGUUUUAGUGCAGGCACUGAACGACAAAAUAUGGUUCAAAAUUUCCAUUUGAUUUGCUUUAUUUU